UACGAUGAAACCAGGUCCUCCACCGAUGAGCUUGAAACAGUUUAUGAAUAGUAGGCAAGUUUUGAAGUUGUAUAAAAAAAUUUUAAAGACCAUAAAGUUGAUUCCUGAUGAAGCUGAUCAAGAGUACAUGAGAAACUGGGCUAGAUCAGAUUUCAGAACUUACAAAAAUGUCACGGAUGAUUUACAAUUAAAAGCCUUGCUAGACCAUGGUGAAAAAUCUCUUCGUGAACUUCAGAAAAACUUGGGCAGAUCUCAGUAAAACAAACGAAUUUUGC